UGCUUGGCGACCGCGCCUUCCUGUCAUUGCCGUCGGUCGCAUCUCGAGGAGCGGAGCCGCGUUGACUGACCAGAGUCCGCGAGCCCCGCUUCCCUCAGGCCCGGGAGACUUUUAAGAUCAUCCUAUCAGAAUGUCCCUACACCAAUUCUUACUUGAGCCAAUCACCUGCCAUGCCUGGAACCGAGAUCGAACGCAGAUUGCCAUUAGUCCGAAUAACCACGAAGUUCACAUUUACAAGAAGAAUGGGAACCAGUGGGUGAAGGCUCAUGAACUGAAAGAACACAAUGGACACAUCACUGGUAUCGACUGGGCCCCCAAGAGUGACCGCAUUGUCACUUGCGGCGCUGACCGUAACGCUUACGUCUGGAGCCAGAAGGACGGCAUCUGGAAGCCAACGUUGGUCAUCCUCCGGAUCAACCGAGCAGCCACCUUUGUGAAAUGGUCCCCUCUGGAGAACAAAUUUGCCGUCGGAAGUGGUGCGCGGCUGAUCUCCGUCUGCUACUUUGAAUCGGAAAACGAUUGGUGGGUGAGCAAGCAUAUCAAGAAGCCCAUUCGUUCCACCGUCCUUAGUCUAGAUUGGCACCCGAAUAACGUCUUGCUGGCAGCUGGAUCCUGUGACUUUAAAUGCAG